CCAGUUGUGUUUGUGAUAAGCGAGGAACUCUGUGGAUAGUUAGUUAUCAGUACGAAUUAGGCUGUCAGUCAUCAUACAGACUGUUGUUUUAAAACCAUGAACAUAACCUAUUUAACUUAACAUGUUAAAAUUAGUUUUAAAAUGAGUAUUUCGUGAAUUGCCGAUUUUAUUGCUUUGUGUAUGUAAAUUUAGUGUGUGAUAUAAAUUUUAAAUCGUACGUAUCUUGUGAUGUGUAUUGAACGUGUUCUGGUGUAUUUAUAAAAUGAAUGUGUGUGUAUUUGUGUAGGUCCUACAUGAUUCAUAUCCCACGACCAGUAUUUAUCAGCCAGCUGUCAUUUCUACGACAUGUUUCUGGUAAAGCCUUGGCAAUUUUGGAACAAGAUCUGAGCAAAUCACCUACCAGAGAAAAGGUUUUAAUAUUCAAUCUGCUAAAAUAUCAACAACUCGCUGAUAAGAUGGAUCCAAGAUAUUGUAAACAGGGAAAAGAAUAUUCCGAGAGGAAUGUGGAUGAGGCGAAAAAAGGAACGUGGAAGUAUGAAUUACCUGCUCGUAGACGAAGUAGAUCUGUAGAAAACGAACGAGAGAGCAAACCAAAUAAACGGGAGUUCAGGAGCAGAUCUCCUCAACGAGGAAGGGAAGAUGAAGCUGGUUCCAGGCGAAGAAACACAACUGAGGAGAGUUCCAGGGAUGUCAGUCCAUUGCGAAAGGUAAUGGGACGAUUGGGACUCUAGAAGCUGGGGCUGACUACGGGUACAUAUCACUUAAUUUAAGGUUUUCAAUCCGUCCUUACUCAGUUUAUGUAUACAUCAUCAUGAAUUGUUUUUAUUCUAGUAGUUUAAAUGUUAAAAAAGUGAUUGUAAUUGUAAUUUAAUUAAAAUAUUUCCAAUUCUU